GUUUCGCACUGUCCAGUCUACCAAGAUGGGAGCUGCAAUGGGUUGCAACAUUACGCUGCCUUGGGGCGUGAUGCUCGUGGUGGAGCUGCUGUGAAUCUACUCCCUAGUGACAUACCACAGGAUGUCUACGUAAUCGUCUUGCAUGAAUGCAUCUCCAGGGUCAAGAAAGAUGCGGAGGCGGGAAGCCAGGCAGCUCGUUUAGCAGAAUUGUGCUUAGAACACGACUGCCUAAAAUUAUGGAGGAUGGUAGAAAGUCAGGAGGCUAAGUCUUUGAAUUACAUUGGCUCCCUGCUCUGGGAGUCGAGUGAUCAUCUCUUCUCCCUGCCCUGGGAAUCGGUGAGCUGGGACAUGCCAGUCCUGGGGUUAUCUGUGAUCGCUUAGAGGGUGGCGCCUCUGAGCGUGAGAUGCCGGGUGGCCUGAUCGCAGGGGGUGCUCAUUAUCAGGUCCCUGACCCUCCCUGCCCGUCGUGGGUAAGCUCAUCGGUUGGCUCUCUUUCUAUCAGUUACUACUUCUGAUCAUGACCCCUCCCCUUCCCCUCUAUCCUCCUUCUCCUUCUUCCCAUUUACCAAACUCUAGGAAGUGUUCGAGUGUAUUAGAUUAGUGUUAAGUUAAGGACCUAAUAAAGAUUAACUAAUCCACUAUCAUCUAGAACAACUGCAUUACAUUGGCUCCGUCUUCAUCAAUAAUGUCAGGAGAGUAGACUUGAACUAAAACAUCAAAGCAGAUAUCAACCCCCCCUGAUGUUCUAACGUGGCGUAGUACGGUAAAGCAGACGGUGAUGACGAUAUGUUACGGCGUGACGAUUCUGGGCGCGACCGAGCAAGUGAGAAACAAACUCAGAGACAUGCUGGGUGCAAAAGUUGACGAAGGGACUGUCCGUCAGAUGGCGCGGUACUUGGCGCAAUCGAUUCUCAAUUCUGUAGAUGAGGUAUUUGACAGGGCGAUGCGGAUUAAGCGUUGGUUUGACGCAGUCUCUUAAGGCAAUCCAAUAAACUGGCGCAGCCUUAACACUAUCCUUGGAUUCCUUCCGAAGGGGAAAGGUGGUGCCAAGGACGCUACCAGGGAUGCGCUUGAGGUAGCUCUAAGUUUGAGGCGUUUUUUCGCAAGUGAAUAUGCCAUGCAGCUGGGUCACACCUUUUGGACUUGCCGUCUCGCAGCCGUACUUCUUUUAUGCUCUUGGUUACCUGGUUCUGUUUGAUUGAGUUGGUGAAUUUGUGUUAGAUUCGGGCCUUCAUGUUCAAAGCUACUAUAGUAUCGCUACUAGAAUCAAUUUUUUAUUACUAUUAGUGAGUAAUAUCUUUCUUGCCUCAGAACCGAAUGAUCCCUGCUCCAGCAGGAGAGCCUCAGACGAUGUUCGGGCCUGUAGGACCCUGCUCUCCUUAUCUCUAAAAACCGCAAACCAGUGCGGUAGUAAAGACAGCGUUGCAGUCGGUCACAUUAAAGAAGAACGACGGAAAUGAAGUGGACGCGAGGCAUCAGAAAUGUGGCUUUCCGCCAAAUUUUGUGCACAGUCUUGACGCCGCACAUAUGAUGAUGGUGGCUGAACGAAUGAUGCUAGAGCCGCCACAUGAAGCUGUUCGAGAAAACAAGCAAGAUGGCAGCCAUGCUGUGAACCACGACCGGGCUAGGUCCUUCUAUUCGGAUCAACAAUGUCCUCAAGUUGCGAGCUGGGGGAACAACGUGACUGCCCUAGGAGGUACCAGCUUCGAAUCAGCAUUCACUCCUGCGACUGCUUCUAACUCUACAACUACUUCCAGCAGCAUCUUCGAAGAAGAACAGGCUUUAGUUACGAGAAAAAGAUAUUUUGCAAUGGUGCACGAUAGUUUCUGGUGUCACGCCGCAGAUGUGGACUUCAUGAAUAAGGCCAUCCGGGACACCUUCAUAGAACUGCAUUCGAGACCUUUACUGGAAGAGCUGGAGCGCGAUUUCAAGCUUUUGCUGGGUGAAAAGUGGGAUAUGUUGCCCAAACUACCGCCAAGAACGCAGGAUCUAGAUCUGAACAGAGUGCGCGAGUCUCUCUACUUUUUUGACUGAAUUUAAUGAUGCUGGAGCGGCCAUUACCUAGGUACCACUAGUUCGGCAUAAGAGAGACUAGAAGGAAGUUUACCUGGGCAUUAUGAUAGUCAAAAUACACUUGCUGUUCAAUCGUCACUUUCAUUAAAAUAAGGUUUUGGUUUUCAUUAUUCACGACACAGAUGCGUCAAGAAACACAAUGCAUACUAAUUCAGACACGAGAGGCAUCUCAAAUCCAAUUCUAAAAUAGUGUGGAAUAUCUUUGUGACUAAACUUAGUGAGGGAGUAAAGCGAUGGGAAUGAGAGUUAUCACGGAAAUUGAGAGGAAUGUUUCUUCGAUGUUGUUAGUGUCAAAAUCAGUUGCGAGCACGUUACAGUCUAUAAAGAGCAACUAUGUUCAUAGCAGAACAGGCAGCUCGCUUUUGCCACACUCUACUUUUGAGAAUUUAGGAGUGGAAGAUUAUUGAGGGAGGAAGAAACGCAACUUGCAAUGAAUUGUCUAUCUCGAUGUGGAAAAGGACGAU